AUGGCUGACGAAGAGCUUUGCAACGAUACAGAAGUUCUUGAUGAAGAACCACGUAACCUUUUGCAGGGACUCAUCUCGCAAUUGCGCAAGGGAAUGGACUUGCAUCGAGUUACCUUGCCAACAUUUGUAUUAGAACCACGGAGUAUGUUAGAAAGGAUCACCGAUUUUAUGAGCCAUCCUGAUUUGAUUUUAAGCUUGGUGAAAUUUCAAGUUGCGCACCCAAUGUUAAAAUAUCAAAAUAUUGUCUAUAGUGUCUCAAAGGAAGAAGACCCUGUUAAACGGUUUGUUAAUGUGAUGAGGUAUUACUUAUCUGGAUGGCAUAUAAAACCAAAGGGUGUAAAAAAACCCUAUAACCCCGUAUUAGGCGAACACUUUCGUGCACGAUGGCAAUUUCCUGAUAAUACAGAAGCUUUAUUUGUAUCUGAACAAGUUUCUCAUCAUCCUCCAAUUUCAGCUUAUUAUUAUGCAAGCCCCGAAAAUAACUUAAUUAUCGCUGGAGAUAUACGACCAAAAUCCAAAUUCCUCGGGAAUAGUGCGGCAACUUUGAUGCAGGGUGAAUCCAAAAUCUUCUUCACUAAUCGUCCCGGUGAAGUUUAUCGGAUUGCAAUGCCAAAUGUUUAUGCACGGGGUAUUCUUUUUGGGAGGAUGGUAUUAGAAUUAGGUGAUAAUUCUACGGUUAAAUGUGAAAAGAAUGAUUUGAUAAAACGUGAAUCAACAGGAGAGUCUCUAUAUGAAAUUACCGGAAAGUGGUCAGACAUUAUGUAUAUUAAGGAUCUUCGGACGGGACUUAAAGAAGUUUUAUUUAAUGUUCACGAAUCUAAGAUAUAUCCAAAGAUUGUGUCCCCAGAGGAAGAACAAGAAGAAAAUGAAUCCCGACGUUUAUGGUCAAAAGUUACAAAUGCUUUAAUAGGGAGGAAUCUGGAUCUCGCUACGGAAGAAAAAACGCUGAUCGAAGAUAAUCAACGUAAUGAAGCCAAGCUUCGAGAAGCCGAAGGAAUUGAUUGGAGACCCAGAUAUUUUUUAAGUGACAAUGAUGAAUUUAAAUUCAAACAAACUACACAUAUUUCAAAAGACCCCCAGACUGCAAAGCAUCAACUCGAAUCUUUUAUUUUCUCUUCGAAUUCACCACCCGGUUUUCAUUCACCGAAUGGACCUUAUCAUCAUCAUGACGAUUAA